AUGACAUUUUCCAAAGUGUCAUCGUCUCGCGGUUUUCGAGUUUGUUUUCCUAAAGUAACUACUCCUUACAUUAGCAAGCGUAACAUUUCAAGAUCCCCCAGAAUUAUGUCACAAAACGUUUAUAGAACUAACACGGGCUGCCCCAUUUUCAACCCAAUGGCCAGCGCCCGUGUUGGAAAAAGUGGCCCUAUUCUGCUUCAAGAUUUCCACUUGAUUGACGUUUUCCAACACUUUGAUCGUGAGCGUAUUCCAGAACGUGUUGUUCAUGCUAAAGGCUCUGGUGCCCAUGGUGUUUUUGAGUGCACCAAGGAUAUCACCAAGUACACUAAGCAUGCAAUGUUCUCUGAGGUUGGAAAGAAGACUCCCAUGUUGGCUCGUUUCUCUACCGUGGGUGGUGAACGCGGCACUCCCGACAGUGCUCGUGACCCUCGUGGUUUCGCUCUCAAGUUCUAUACCGAAGACGGAAUCUUUGAUAUGGUUGGUAACAAUACUCCCACUUUUUUCAUUCGUGACCCCGCCAAAUUCCCUUUGUUCAUUCAUACUCAAAAGAGAAACCCGCAAACUGACAUGAAGGAUGCGACCAUGUUUUGGGAUUAUCUAUCUCAAAACGAAGAAUCUAUUCAUCAGGUCAUGAUUCUCUUUUCCGAUCUCGGUGGAACGCCCUAUGGUUACCGUACCAAAGGCUUAACUGAUGAGGAAGCUAAGGCCUUGGAUGGAUCUAAUCCUGACCAUGCUCGCAAAGACCUCUUUGAUUCCAUUGAGCGCGGUGACUAUCCCAGCUGGACUCUUUAUGUCCAAACCAUGACUCCUGAGGAGGCUGAGAAAUUCAGAUACAACAUCUUUGACCUUACCAAGGUUUGGCCCCACAAAGAUGUUCCUAUGCAAGAAGUCGGUCGUUUCACUUUAAAUCAAAACCCUCAAAACUUUUUCGCUGAAAUUGAGCAAGCUGCUUUCUCUCCCUCUCAUAUGGUUCCUGGUAUCGAGAUUUCCGCUGAUCCUGUCUUGCAAGUUCGUACUUUUAGUUAUCCCGAUACUCAUCGCCAUCGCUUAGGUGCCAACUUUGAGCAAAUUCCUGUAAACAGCCCUAAAUGCCCCGUUUUUAAUUAUUCUCGUGAUGGUCCCAUGAAUGUCACUGACAACCAAGGCAGCAUGCCAAACUAUCCUUCUUCAUUACAGCCCUUAGCAAAGGAGUAUCAUGAGCCAAAUGAGAAGCAUGAAAAAUGGGUUGGUGAAGUUACUUACCACAUGGAUGAAAUUACCGACAUCGAUUUUGAGCAGCCUAGAGCCUUUUGGUUGAAUGUUCUCGGUAAGAAACCUGGCCAACAAGACAAUUUUGUCAAAAACGUUGCUGGCCAUCUUUCCGGUGCUCUUCCCGAAAUUCGUGAGCGCCAAUAUAAGGUAUUUGGUCGGGUGCACCAUAAUUUGGGAGAACGCAUUCGCGAAGCUACUGAAAAGGUUGCAAAAGAGACGGCUGAAAACGUGUCUCCGCCUAUGAACAAAGCCGAACCUCAUAUGUUCCAAAGCAAUUAG